GUUCAUGUUCAUGAUGGAAGAAGGGAGAAAUUGGAAGGCUUCAUGAAGACAUUAAUUAAAUCACCGCCUUUAGAUGGAAACUAUGGUGUAUAUGCUCUGGACUGCGAGAUGUGUUACACAACCCAUGGCUUGGAACUAACUAGAGUGACAGUGGUCGAUGCUAAGCUACAGGUCGUCUAUGAUACAUUUGUUAAACCAGAUGGUGAAGUUGUAGAUUACGAUAUAAGGCUCUCUGGAGGAAUGGAGGAUGAUCUGAAGAAUGCCACAACAUCUCUUCGGGAUGUACAGGCAAUAUUACUAAACUUGUUCAGUGCAGAUACAAUUUUAAUUGGACACAGCUUAGAAAAUUACUUACUUAUUCUCAAGCUAAUUCAUGACACAGUAGUGGACACAUCAGUAGUGUUUCCUCAUCAGCUAGGUUUGCCUCACAAAAGAGCACUUAGAAGUCUGAUGGCUGACUACCUUGGGAGAAUUCAAGAUGGUGUCGGUGGUCAUAAUUCCAGGGAAGAUGCAGUUGCUUGUAUGGAACUAAUGCUUUGGAAGGUCAAGGAAGACAAUAAAUGGAGAAAAUGGUGA